AGCGUUGCCUGGGCGAGGAGGGCGGAGCUUUGGCGUGGGGCGGCCAAUAGUGGGGGUGGCUGCGUGGGUCGCCAUGGGGACGGGGCUGUUCCCGGGGAGGCUGUGAUGGGUUGACAGGUGCGUGACAGUGGGAGCUGCUCUCGGCACAAGCAUGUACGGCAAAGGCAAGAGUAACAGCAGCGCCGUCCCGUCCGACAGCCAGGCCCGGGAGAAGUUAGCACUCUACGUAUAUGAAUAUCUGCUCCAUGUAGGAGCUCAGAAAUCGGCUCAAACAUUUUUAUCAGAGAUAAGAUGGGAAAAAAACAUCACAUUGGGAGAACCACCAGGAUUCUUACAUUCUUGGUGGUGUGUAUUUUGGGAUCUCUACUGUGCAGCUCCAGAAAGACGGGAAACAUGUGAACAUUCAAGUGAAGCAAAAGCCUUCCAUGAUUAUAGCGCUGCAGCAGCUCCCAGCCCAGUGCUAGGAAACAUUCCCCCAGGAGAUGGCAUGCCAGUAGGUCCUGUACCACCAGGGUUCUUUCAGCCUUUUAUGUCACCUCGGUACCCUGGAGGUCCAAGGCCCCCACUGAGGAUACCUAACCAGGCACUUGGAGGUGUCCCAGGAAGUCAGCCAUUACUUCCCAGUGGAAUGGACCCAACUCGACAACAAGGGCAUCCAAAUAUGGGUGGGCCAAUGCAGAGAAUGACUCCUCCAAGAGGAAUGGUGCCCUUAGGACCACAGUCUGACCCUUGGUUAUCAUUACAGAACUAUGGAGGUGCAAUGAGACCCCCACUGAAUGCUUUAGGUGGCCCUGGAAUGCCUGGAAUGAACAUGGGUCCAGGUGGUGGUAGACCUUGGCCAAACCCAACAAAUGCCAACUCGAUACCAUACUCCUCAGCAUCUCCUGGGAAUUAUGUAGGUCCUCCAGGAGGUGGAGGGCCACCAGGAACACCCAUCAUGCCUAGUCCUGCAGAUUCAACCAACUCUGGAGACAACAUGUAUACUUUAAUGAAUGCAGUACCUCCUGGACCUAACAGGCCUAAUUUUCCAAUGGGCCCUGGGUCAGAUGGUCCCAUGGGUGGAUUAGGAGGAAUGGAGUCACAUCACAUGAAUGGCUCUUUGGGCUCAGGAGAUAUGGACAGUAUUUCCAAGAAUUCUCCCAAUAACAUGAGCCUGAGUAAUCAACCGGGCACUCCAAGGGAUGAUGGCGAAAUGGGGGGAAAUUUCUUAAAUCCUUUUCAGAGUGAGAGUUACUCCCCUAGCAUGACAAUGAGUGUGUGAUCCAUUACCAAGUCUCCUCAUGAAAACCAGUGAGUCAGCCCUUCCAGAACUACUACAGAAGAAAAUUAGUCAUCACAGUGUACAGCUAAAGGAAUCUCAGUCACACCAAACCAACCUUUUGAUUCCCUGCUCUCUCCCCAAUUUUGUGAAGAAAGCGGGUCCAAACGUGAUUCAAACAACUGUACAGAGUGGCAUAUUAGAAUUGCCCUAAACUGAACUGCAAAUAAUUAUCUGUGUAUGUAUAUGUGUGGGAAAGAGAAUGUACUGUAUAUGUGUAUGUUAUAUGGACAUAUACACAUACAUACAUUGACCCACAGGACAUUGUAAAAUAUUAUCACAUGACAUCUUAAGUAGAAAUAAGUAGGGACUUUUAUUCCAUCCUUUUUUUCACGUUUACAUUUUAAUUAUUAAAAGUUGCUCCUGCCCCUCCCUGAACUAUUUUGUGCUGUGUAUAUCACUGCUUUAUAUAAGUUAUUUUUUAAGGUGAACUCAGAUGUUAUGGUUUUGUAAAUGUCUGCAAUCAUGGAUAGGAAUAAAAUUGCUUAUUUGAGAGCUUUCAUUAAAUUGCGUCUGAUGCAAGUUAUCCUGUGAAUCACAAAGUGUACUGUCUCAAAACAAAGUGUGUCUUCAUCUUUAUGUCAAAUCAAUUUCUCAGUUACCUUCAGUGAAAAGUAUUUUUGUACCUUUUAUUUAGGAAAAAUACUUCAAAUCAACAGAAGCUUAACUGGGGCCUAACACAGUAUAUUUCUACAAUAACUGCUGUAGAUGGAAUUCUUGAUUUGUUUGUCUUAGAUGAUACAGAAAAUCAUUAAUUGGCCCCAAUUGCUUAGACCACUAGCAAUAAAAUAACAGGGGUUGUCAUAUUUUUAGCAACAUAUUUUCUCUUUAUCAUGAUAAAGCCCAGAAGUGAUAGCAAAACCAUUAGCUUGAUUUUGUCACUUCUCACUAGGAAUAGCAUACUAAUGUGAAAUGGUAUCUGAUUUUUAUUCAGACUUCUUGUGAACAUUUCCACAUAGACAUUGCAAAGAAGAUCUAUUCAAAUAACUGAGACUUUCAGCACAAGGGGAAAAGUUUUUACCACACCCAGGGGCUCUGGAGUGCUACUUCUCUAUCCAGAUAUCUUGCUUAAUAUCAGCAGAGUUGACUGAUUCCAGUCCCUUCUGUGCAUACCUUCUCACUGGCAGCAGAGCGUCUGCUCUGUUCCCUCGAUGUAUGACUUAUUUAGUGGAAAAUCAUUUAUAGUAACUAUAUUUCAUCUGGACAUUGACUUCAGCAGGCUAAAUCUACAUUGUGUAACUGUUUAGAAAACAAUGAAUAAACAUUAGAAAAACAAUAGCACACACCUCCCUUAUGAAAGCUCUAUGGCAUUUUUCAGAUCUUUUGGGGUUUUGUGUUUAACCAUACAUACAAACACCAAAAUCAUAAUAGAAAAGUGUGAAGACUUUAAUUUUAGACUCAAAAAGAUCAGUUGCUGAUCCUUUCUGUUAAAAUUGUGAUACAAAUAACUAUUGAUAAACAUCAACUGUAUAUCUAAACUCCAGAGACUUUGAAAAGCAUUGUUUAAUCUCAGGUAAGAGAAAACCUUUCUUUAAGUUUAUAAUCUCUGAAGUAAAAACUUAGCAGUAUAUUUGCUAGUUCCUAGUCUCAGAAUUUCUCUCAAAUCCAUAAUAACUUAUUCCUUAUGAAAAUAAAGAUUUUGCUUGUGCAUGACAGGGAUGCUGGGCAGAAUUGUCAAGGGGAAAAAAAAGAAGCUGAAUUAAAUUUAUGUUCCAGAUUUAAACUCUAAUUAAGCAAGUCACCAUUAAUUAUUUCAGUGUGCGGGAGAUGUAGAGCUUCCAGCUUUCAAGCUGUAGUGAACUUCCAUGAAAAAUUCAAACUAAAAGAUCUUUAACUCAAGCCAAGGUAACCUGAAGAUGACGCCUUGUAUAGACACAUGAAUUUACCAAGAGUAAUUUUUACUUCCAAUUUUUAUGACAUUUGUGUGAACAUUGAUAGUCCUAUAAUUAUCAAGCUUAAUUUUAUAAUGCUAGAAAUUUCAAGCAUUUUGUUGACUUUUUUCUCCAUUGUUAGUAACCUUGAAUUUGUUUUAUUUGCCUUCUAAGAAGGUAUUGUUUCUAAUUAUCACAAAGAAUCAUGAGCCUGAUUUUACUUGCCCUUAUUUUAGGGGUAACAAUUGGGAAAUGAAUGGCAAGUAUAGUUCCUAUUGUGUCUAGCCUAUUUGGUCAAAAAAAGUAAAAUUUGUUUUUUUCAAGGUAUCGUGAUCAACUCAUCGUAAGUAUUUAUUUCUUUUUCUCUCUUGGAAUCCAGAUUUAAAAUAGCUAUUUUAAACUUUUUUAAAUUCCCAAAAUAGUUGAAAAUUUUAUUUUUGAGGAGAAAAUUGUAUUAAAAAAACAGAAAAUAAGGAUACUUAGUUUUAAUAUCAAAUAAUUUUCUCAUGCACUGAAUGGAGGAUAGAAUAUCUGUAUAUUAAUUUUUGUUCAUUUUGAAUCAUUUAAACCUUACCCUUUCUGUUGUAAUAGGAUCAUUUAACCGUUUUCUCUCAUUUUCCAUUUCAUCCAUGCAUUUAUGUUGGUCUUGAUAUAUACUACCUGUUGCUGAGGUAAUUUUACACAUUACACCUCACAGUGAUAGUAUCAGUACUUCUUGUCUACAUUGAACAUAUAAAAUACCCAUAUGAAAUGUGAAAAUAAGUAAUAAGUCAAAACAUUAAUUCUCAUUAUUCUGCUUUGCAUUCUACCCAACUCACUACAGUUGAAAAUACAUGUCAAAUUCUUUCUCAGGUUUGUAUAUUCUUAACUGUCUUUCUUAUAGCAAAGUUUCUCAUGGAAGCAAAGGCUGUAGAGUGCCAUUGAUCUGUAACACCCCACACAUUUGAUGGGUGAAUCUUAGUGCUCCUUUACGCAUGUUCCAUUUGGACUCAGUUGCUGAUGAGUAGGAAUUGUACAGCUAGGAAUCUGAGGUUCAGAUUCCUUUAUUGUCAAGAGAUUAACAAGUCAGUUCUGCUCCCUGAGCCAUGGAAAGCCCAAACACCACUUUCCUUCCAGGAAUAAAAUAGAGAAAACUUUCAUCUCUAUUUUUAUGACUCUCUAAGAUAUCUAAACUCUAUUCCAUUUCAAGGAUCCUUCAGGUAACACUUCCUGUAGUUUAAAAGAUAGCAAAUGAAAAUAAAUGAGUUUGGUUUGGGAGAUGAGGAAGCCCUAAAUCUGCCCACAGCUUUUCCAUCAUGUCAUUCUGGGAAAGCAUUCAGAACUGCUCCUUUGGCAGAGAGUUUUCCAGAGUCCUUAAUACUAUGAAGUAAGUAUAGAUUGGCUUCUUCAAUGGCUUUCUCCAUGCUUUCUUCCUAAUUUCCACAUCCUGCAGUAGAAAUAAGAUAGAGGCGGAACAGUUUUGCCUUCUCAGCCCUUACAGUUUUCUUCUUCAUAUGGUACAUAGUUUUCCCAAGGGUAAUAAUUGCAAUUUCCAUUUCCUGAUUAUCACUGUUAAUUAGAAACAGUGCCACAAAUCAUAGCUACUUGACCUUGGUAUAGUAUUUUAACACUGGUUUUCCCUUCAUUUUUGUGAUUUAUGUACUAUCGUUUCCUUUCCUUGAAAACACUAAUUAAUGCAAGUUGUGCAUGAGUGUGUGUGGGAGGGAGAAGUCCAAUAUGGGGAAGAGGAGGUUGUUGCCACAUAUUUUCCAAAAAGUAGAUUCAUCUUCUCUUUUUUCUUUUUUUUAACCCUUCCUGGUAGAAUAAGUUUCUUGUUUGCCAUAAAAAGCAGGAGGUCUGAGUUUGCUUACAACAGUGGUACCUAAUUGCAAAUAUGUAUAAUAGGCUCCUUGGGUCUGUGGCUCAUACCUUGAGAAUUACUGGAAAGUAAAAGAAAGAAUGGUGAGCCAUUAUUAGUACGCUUCCAUUUUGCAUACUAAACUUAUGUGUGUACAUGCGCAUGCAUGUAUUGGAGGUGGUGGUAUGAAUUUUGCUCACAAAACUUCUAUGAUUUACAUUGUUGUAACAACUGGUGACUAUUAAACCUAAUUCUUUCCUUUCAAUUGCUUUUUAUUUCAUUGGUAAAGUAGCUGAUAAAAGUGAUUUGGGAUGAAAAGAGAGUAAUACAAGACAUAAGCAGAUGGAAUCUCCUAUGCUCGGCUUUAAUAUGCCCAUGUUAGAUUGUCCACAUUAGGCCUUCUUAUGAAGGUCUUGCAUCUAAAGGUAAGAGCAUAAAUGAUCAUUUAAUCCUUGGUCACUUCCCUGCCAGAACUCACCCAUAAUUGUAGUUUUUUAAUGUACAUUUUCUUACAAGAAAUUGAAUUGACCUUACUGAUUUAUUUCACCAAAAAUGUCAACUUUACCCAUUCAGAUUGAAAGAGAUGAGCUGCAGGUGAAAAUCACCUGUGGCCUUUUUAACUACUUUUCUAAACUAUAUUCUAAAGAGAAAUUCUCAUCUGAAUAAGUCUCCUAAGGAGAAUUUCCUCUGUUAAGUCUCCCUGUUAACUUAGUAUAGUUGGUCUUCCUAAACAGAAGAAAAAUAAUUUUUGUGAGUAAUUUCAUGUGAAUAUUUCUGAUGUCUAUGUCCUUCAACAGGAAAUACUGGCUGUAGACACUGUAUAUUUUUAAGUGGGACCAAGUAUUUUCAUGUACAGAAUUGCAGUUUGUCUCUUCCCCUUUGCAGAUUUACAACCCUCAGGAUAAAUUUGACUCAUUUUGAUUAUCCCAAUCAUUGAAAUGUUACAAUGUGUUCCUAAAAAUAUUUACCAUUUCAUUUUUAAAAUGAAUGUAAUUAACAUGAGAAAGGAGAAUAUUAGUAUUUCUAGAAAAAAAUUAUAUAGAAGACUUUUACUUUUACUGUUAAGUAAAACUUUAUCCCACUUUCUCUUUUGCACCAAAUGACCUUAGUGUAUCUCCAAGAAAAGUGAAAUUUUGAUUCCUCACAAUGUUCUCAGAACACAAUAAAACAUGUUGUCCACUACAUUUCCAUCAUGUCCACUACAUUGCUCAUUAAGAUGUAAUUAGCCAUUGCCUUCUUGGGAAACAAGAAUUCGAGUCAUCUGCUCAGUUUACAUAAUUUGAAAACAAUCCCCUUUAAAUUUAGUAACACCUUAGAAAUAUUCUUGAUAUAAUCUACUGAUAUUUACAAUGCGUGUAUGGCUUUCUAUCAGAUCUUAUUUCACAAUGUUUUGCUUUCCUUGCAUUAAGACAAUUUAAAAACUUAACAAACUAUGUUAGAGUGAAUACAGGACAUGUAAAAAAUGGAAAAAGUCUUUAUUAAUUUCUUUAUUCAUGAUAUCCAUCAUCUUAUUGAACUGCUUAUCUAAUUGUGAUUUUAAGAAUUUCUUAUUAUAUGUCCUAAAUUGUUAUACCUAUUAUGUCAUCCUGGUAAAAUAGAAUAUUUGUAAGGUUUUUAUAAAUGCACAGCUUAUGUAUAAAUACAAUUGGAAUCUGGGAUGACCUUACUAUCUACUAUUCUUAAUUCAGUCAUGGUCACUAGCUACCUGACACAUUUUGUAAAUCUGUGUGUGUGUGUGUGUGUGUGUGUGUGUGCGCAUGCAUGUGCAUGCACAUAUACACAUACCCAUUAUUACAUUUAUCCUCAAAUGAAUUUAUCACUUGAUGUUUUUGUACAAAUACUUGAGCUAUUCAUGUAAUGGGAAAAGUUGCCAUAAAGCUGUACAUAAAUGUCCCUUAUUUGGCACAUGUUUUCACAUUUAAUUUUAAAAAUACAACUUUUCAUUUACAGUUAAAA